CCUUGUUGUAAAAUUGUUGCAGGUCUCAGAUGAUAGAGACCUGCGGCAAACCCCUUGAACAGAGAACUGCCUGCAUGGAGCAGUGCAUUAUACAAGAGGGGGUAAGGACUGGGCUGGCAUGCAUGCACUGUGCAACUUGCAACAAAUAAUUGCAAGGUAUUGCCUGAAUUUACAUUUUGCUUGGGGAAAAUAACCUCUUACUUCUAUAAUAUGCAUGUACAUGUGAACAUCUAAGGACGCAUAUGGAUUGUGGUUUAGUUAUAUAUCUGCACAGCACCAUCACCUAACAUAGAAGUAAAGAUCAAGACCAACUUUUUUAUUGGUAAUCUUUGUCGGGCAGUAAAAGCAAAUAUAUCUUUAAAUACCAAUGGAUACAGAGCUUAAAAGAAAUUGGGACCCAAGGAACCACUGUGAAGAAAACUGAUUGUGCCAUAGCUACCAUAAGAUAAUACUCUGUAUUAAAGAUAAUACUCUGUAUUAUAUUUUUGUUGUGGCACUUCCUACAUUUAUGUAUACUGUUGUUCCAAACAUAGAAAUAGGGAAUGUUUUAAGGUUUCAAUCAGACCUGAAAUUUUAAGAAGCAGUAAACCCCAACCUUCAGUUUUUGACUUAUCACUCACCUGCUGAGGACCCCCUGCCCUAACACAUUGAUGCCUUCACCCAAAAGUACCAGAGCCCUUGUGCUGUCUAUUUGACUACAAAAUUUUGCUGUGGGGUUGGCCAAAACCCCUCAAAUCUGGUUUCUGGCUCCUUGGCAGCAAUUGGGACUCUUCCAGUUUUGUACUGCUCGGGAAUCCAGAGGCCCAGAACUGCUCCUUGUGUCUGUUAAGGAUGCCAUCUCAAAUUAUACUGUAACCUGUGCUACACAGCAGCUGGGAAGCAGGAAACCUACCCAAGAAUCCUUCACAGUAGAACAGAAAAUAUUUUACCAGGAACUGAAGGAACCCACAAUCAUUUUGUUUUCCUGUUCCAUCUAAUUCCCAAAUUCUGGUGUAUCCUACUGAAAAAGUCUUGUUGACAUUUCCAUUUGACAUGAAAGUCUGUAUGUGCUGUAGGUUGGACUUUUCCUCUGUCUUUAAACUGCUUAUUCGAAUCAACUGUUCGUUCCAAUAGACAAUGAGAGUGGAUACUUCAAAUUGGUCAGGUUUGGAUCUAUAUAGAUGCCAUUUUACACAAGUUAUUUGGUUUUGAGGUUCUCUUAAAACCUGCCACUAAAGCAACCCUUUAAACCCUUACCUUGCAUAUUUCCUGGUCUCACUUCCCAAGCUGUAUAUUCCCACUCAACAUAUAAAGUCAAGAAACCAAAAUAAUGUAUAGAGCAUUGAUUCCCAGACUGUAGGCAUGGCUACCCUGAGGGGGGGAGAAUUAGUGAUUUGGUGUUUCUGAGGUUUUGAGAUUUGCAAUUGGUAUUGAAUUGGUAGUGGAACCCCUUCCAGUUAGCAGUUAAUACUGUGUAAAAAGGGACUAGGAACAAUGGUAGGGGGUUUUAGCCUGAAGUUCUAAACUGGGGAGAAUGGCCAUUUGCUCUUCUAGAUACACAAGGAGGUGCGUCUGCUGUCCUAUAUAUUCCGUAUAUUCUCUGAUACACCAGUAUUUGUACAGUCAGUACUCAUUUCAUGUGCAGGAGCCCUGACUAAAGUUUGGACCCUCGAGAGUGGGCCCUAGUAAAAGUUUGGACCUUCAAGAGUGAUUAAACUGGAAAAAGUUUGACAAUUACUGGCAUAAAGAGUGGUGUCUAUGUGGUGCAAUAAAAGAGAAUAUAAUGGAGUUUGUGUAUGGAGCAUUGUUAUAAAAGUGGUGAGGGAUUUCUGUGUUAAAUACAUUAUUGCAAAAUCCCUGCAGAUCCCAGGAAACCUUUGGCUGAUAAUAACCAUGUCGUCAUUACUUCAGAGUCAAACAAAUGCCAUGAAGAAUAUCAGGUCAGCCUGGUUUAUUGCCAGAGACUGUAAAAGCAUUUUGUUAUUACCCAAUGUUCAAAUACCCUUCGGGAAUUGACUUUCAUGUCCUAUAAUGUAUAGACAGCAUUCCUCUUUCUCCCUGCUCUGAUUAUACAUUAAAAUUAUAGCAUUAAACACAAGAGAAAUGGACUUUGCAUUUGCUGACAUGGUGCUUAGCUGGUGCUGUUUAUCCUGCUGCUUUCCACACUUCAGUCUCCUACAUUCCAUUUACACAACUUCUAGACUCCAGCAUGACCCUCAGUAGGAGCCAAUGAAACUGGCAUCUGCCCCUAAUCUGGGAGGAAACUCAAAUUCUUCAGUCAAUAAAUUGUGCUCACAGUGGGAUUCAUUGCAAUGGUUCAGUGAGUGGAGGUGAACAUCAAUCUCUGGACUCAGCCACGGUAACACUCUUGUUGUAGCGCAGGAUGUGCAGCGCAGGAACAGACAUGGGAAAGGAGUUGGCCAAAGAUACAAAGAGCAAGACACAGAUGAAGAAAGUGAACCCCAACAUUGACAGGGGGUGGGCAUGGAUGGUGGUGCUGUCAUCUUUCCUUGUCCAUCUGCUAGUAAUGGGAUCACAGAUGGCACUUGGGAUUCUCAAUUUAGAAUGGCUUGAAGAAUUCAAACAGAGCAGAGGUCUGACAGCCUGGAUCAGCUCCCUCAGUAUGGGCAUCACUUUGAUUGUUGGUCCAAUUAUUGGCUUGUUCAUUAACACGUGUGGGUGUCGAAAGACUGCGAUGAUUGGAGGGUUCCUGACUUCCCUUGGCUGGGUGCUGAGUGCCUAUGCCCCUAAUGUGCAUUUUCUGUUCUUCUCAUUUGGCGUGACUGCUGGUAUUGGCAGUGGGAUGGUUUAUCUACCUGCAGUUGUCACAGUUGGCCAUUAUUUCCAAAAGAGACGAGCACUAGCACAAGGUCUGAGUACCACAGGUACUGGCUUUGGGACAUUCUUAAUCACAGUCCUACUGAAGUACCUGUGCAGGGAGUUAGGCUGGAGGAAUGCCAUGAUUAUUCAAGGUGCUGUCACCCUAAACUUGUGUGUGUGCGGUGCACUCAUGAGACCACUAGAUCACGAUGAGGAACACUUGAAAGACCAUGAAGAGGCUGCAGUUGAUCCCAAAGAUGCUAAGGAAGGUGCACUGUUAAAUGUUAAUGCCAUAAAAGCUAACAGCGAGUUACAUGAAGAAGAAGAGGGAAAGGCCAGUGCAGAUACUGCUGUAUCAUGGAGCAAGGAAGAAACAAGAAAUGACAUAUUUAUUAACGAUAUGAACAAGCUUAGCAUCAUGAAGACCCUAACCCAUAUGACUGUGUCUGUAAGAUCCGGUUUCUUUGCCUGGUAUUCCAGCUACUUUGGAGCAUCAUCCCUUUUCACUAAUAAAGUCUUUGUUGCCUUUGUAUUUUGGGCACUACUGGCCUAUUGUAGCUUUGUGAUUCCCUUCAUUCACCUGCCGGAGAUUGUGGAGAUGUAUGGCCUGACAGAGCAGAACAACAUUUUUCCCCUCACCUCCAUCAUUGCCAUUGUCCAUAUUUUUGGCAAAGUCAUUUUAGGUUUCCUUGGUGACCUGCCAUGUGUUAGUGCCUGGAAUGUAUUCAUUGCAUCCAAUUUUACCCUGGGCGUGAGCAUCCUUAUUCUGCCGCUCAUGCAUGUGUACUCCAGCCUGGCUCUAGUCUGUGCUCUCAUUGGGUUCUCCAGUGGAUACUUCUCUCUCAUGCCUGUUGUCACUGAAGAUUUAGUGGGUAUCAAGCAGCUGGCGAAUGCUUAUGGGAUCAUUAUCUGCGCCAAUGGAAUUUCAGCACUUUUGGGACCACCUUUUGCAGGUUGGAUCUAUGACAUUACCCAGAAAUAUGAUUAUUCCUUCUAUGUUUGUGGCUUGCUGUAUAUGGUGGGAAUCAUUUGCUUGCUUCUGGAGCCCUGUCUGCAAUCAAAAGAUCAACCAUCAAAGAAAUUAUCUGGCAGCCAAGAGGCCUGAAUAUUCCAUAAACUCUCUCAUUGCCAGAGGGAAAGGACCAGAGCCAGAACACUGUGCAGUUGUGUAUGCAUGUUGCAUACAACCCUUUGUUUCUUCUGCUUUGUCACGUUGGGGGUUGGAACAAGAUGGGAGUUUCUGUAGACUCUUGGAAGCAAUCCUAGCAAAUGUCUCUUAAAUCUUGUUUGUUAAGUCGUCAGAAAAUCUAUUUCCAGACCAGAGUGUUCCAUUGUUAACUAGCGCACACAAUACAAUGGGUAUGCCUGGCUCGGUAGCCACCCUAGUCACCAGAAGAUGUCCACUAGUGCAAAAAUUAUACCUUACAGAGGGAAAAGUUCCACUUGCAAGAAUACAGUGGAUCACAGUGAUAUUGUAAUAGUAAGCAAGUGAUAUUGUAAUAGUAAGCAAUUGCUUUCAGACCUUGGUACAACAUUUUCCCCACUAGUACACCUCUGUGUACCUCCCACAGCCAUAGCAGCUUCCCAUCAUAGAAUAGCUGCUGCCUGAGAGCAGGCCAAGACAGGACUGGCCCUAGAGCAGUGCCCCCCCCUGCUCCACAGUAGUCCCACCACUUUAGAAAACUGAUGACAUUUUUUGUCUGUUCCAGCAGAACAUUUCUGACUUGGAUCAGAACAAAUUUAUUGCUUUGCUUAUAUAAUGUCCUGUAAAGCUUAGGGAGCAAGUAAUAAUGUCAGCGCAGUUAGAAACUGACAUAAUGUCUGUGGUGUAAAUUAAUGCAAGAGAGGCUGCUGUAAGAUGCCCUAGAUGGGCUGUUUGGUCCUCUGUGUACUUAAAAUGCCAGAACCUGGGCCUGGGCUUCAGCUCUGUGGGUCAGUGUAUGGGUUGGCGGCUAAGGGGCCUUUUUUAAGUAUUGCCUAAGGUAGUGUUAACUGCCUGCUGCUAUUCACCCUUGCAAAGUGAAUGAUGGUAGCAACCUUAUGUGUAUAACAGCCUAAAAAAAUCUGAAUUAUUAAUGAACUGAAGUAUGAUUGGGAUGGCAGUUUGGCAAGUUAAUUGGUAACCAGAUCAGCAGCGUGGGGAUUGUAUGCAAAUGAUGAAAGACCCUGGCUCCUACUUUAGCUUGGUGCCCAAGCCAUAAGGCUAAAUAAGCCCAGGGGAGGUCCUUCCUAAAUAAAAAAAACAAAAGGUUUGUUUAGAUUACUCAGAUUAGAAGUAAAAAAUGUCUAGUGGGGCAGAUUAAAUGUUUAUCUAUAAACAUGUAGUCUAUAUAUAAAGUCCUGCAAGUCCUCUCCCAUCCCAUCAGCCAUUUUGUAGGUGUUUUAUUACUGUUUUAUUAUCAGAAACUGAAAGAAUGAUGACACACAUUGUGUUUUGCAUAAUAUGGGCCUUUGUACAGGAACACUCUCAUUAAACAACAAAUUGCCCCUA